CCCAGUUUGAAACACAUGGUGGCUCCUGGAUUGCAGCUUCCAAGUAUUCACUGGUUUUCUCUCUAGAAAUACCUGGAAGAUGUUUGGCUCCAAGAACAUGCCCUGGCGGCGGCUGCAGGGCAUCUCCUUCGGGAUGUAUUCGGCUGAGGAGCUCAAGAAAUUAAGUGUGAAAUCCAUUACGAACCCUCGCUAUGUGGACAGCCUGGGGAACCCCUCAGCUAAUGGCCUGUAUGAUUUAGCCCUGGGCCCUGCGGAUUCCAAAGAGGUGUGCACCACGUGCGUGCAGGACUUCAACAACUGCUCCGGACACUUGGGCCACAUUGAUCUCCCCCUCACCGUGUACAACCCUCUCCUCUUCGACAAACUCUACCUGUUGCUCCGGGGCUCUUGUCUAAACUGCCACAUGCUGACCUGUCCCCGGGCCGUGGUUCACCUCUUACUCUGCCAGCUAAGGGUUCUGGAAGUGGGGGCCCUACAAGCCGUCUUUGAGCUCGAGCGGAUUCUGAACAGGUUUCUUGAAGAAAAUGCUGAUCCUUCUGCGUUCGAAAUUCAGGAAGAGUUAGAACAAUAUACAACAGAAAUCAUACAGAACAACCUGCUGGGGUCCCAGGGCGCCCAUGUGAAAAAUGUGUGUGAAAGCAGGAGCAAACUCAUUGCUUACUUCUGGAAGACGCAUAUGACCGCGAAGCGAUGUCCCCAUUGCAAGACCGGGCGGUCAGUUGUCCGAAAGGAGCACAACAGCAAGUUGACAGUCACGUAUCCUGCCAUUGUGCACAAGAAAGCUGGCCAGGACACAGAGUCUGUGGGAAUCGAGGAAGCACAAAUGGGAAAACGAGGGUACCUGACGCCGAACAGUGCCCGAGAACAUCUUUUUGCCAUUUGGACAAAUGAAGGAUUCUUUCUAAAUUACCUUUUCUCCGGACUGGAUGGUGUUGACACGGAGUCCAAAUUCAAUCCCACUGUGUUCUUCCUAGAUUUCAUGGUGGUGCCACCCUCGAGGUAUCGCCCUGUCAAUCGCCUGGGGGACCAGAUGUUUACCAACGGCCAGACUGUGAACUUGCAGGCCGUCAUGAAGGACGUGGUUCUGAUCCGAAAGCUUCUGGCCCUAAUGGCCCAAGAACAGAAGCUGCCAUGUGAGGUGGCAACACCCAUCAUAGAUGAGGAGAAAGAUACUUCAAUUGCUAUGGAUCGAUCCUUUCUAACUGCACUUCCGGGCCAGUCCCUCACAGACAAACUAUACAACAUUUGGAUCCGCCUUCAGAGCCACGUCAACAUUGUGUUCGAUAGUGAAAUGGACAAGUUAAUGAUGGAGAAGUAUCCUGGCAUUAGACAGAUUCUGGAGAAGAAGGAAGGCCUGUUCCGAAAGCACAUGAUGGGAAAGCGAGUUGACUACGCGGCCCGUUCCGUCAUCUGCCCAGACAUGUACAUCAACACCAACGAGAUUGGAAUUCCCAUGGUGUUUGCCACAAAGCUGACUUACCCUCAGCCAGUGACUCCCUGGAACGUUCAGGAAUUGAGGCAAGCAGUCAUCAAUGGCCCCAAUGUGCACCCCGGAGCCUCCAUGGUCAUCAAUGAGGACGGCAGCCGCACGGCCUUGAGCGCAGCAGAUGUGACCCAGCGGGAGGCCGUGGCCAAGCAGCUCCUGACACCAUCUACAGGGGCACCUAAACCCCAGGGGACAAAAAUUGUGUGCCGGCACGUGAAGAAUGGGGACAUCCUUCUACUGAAUCGGCAGCCCACCUUGCACAGACCCUCGAUCCAGGCCCACCGUGCCCGCAUCCUGCCUGAAGAAAAAGUCCUGCGGCUCCAUUAUGCCAACUGCAAGGCCUAUAAUGCUGACUUUGAUGGAGAUGAGAUGAAUGCCCACUUCCCUCAGAGUGAGCUGGGCCGGGCUGAGGCCUACGUCCUGGCCUGCACCGAUCAGCAGUACCUCGUUCCCAAGGAUGGCCAGCCCUUGGCAGGAUUGAUCCAGGAUCACAUGGUUUCGGGUGCAAACAUGACUAUCCGGGGUUGCUUUUUCACCCGGGAACAGUAUAUGGAGCUGGUAUACCGAGGGCUCACAGACAAAGUUGGCCGUGUGAAGCUCUUGCCUCCUGCCAUUUGGAAGCCCUUCCCUCUGUGGACAGGAAAGCAGGUUGUGUCAACACUGCUCAUAAAUAUCAUCCCAGAUGACCACAUCCCACUGAACUUAACUGGGAAGGCGAAAAUCGGUGGGAAAGCCUGGGUUAAGGAAACUCCUCGGCCUGUUCCCGGUUUUGAUCCCAACCUGAUGUGCGAGUCCCAGGUGAUCAUCAAGGAAGGGGAACUGCUCUGCGGGGUGCUGGACAAGGCCCACUAUGGCAGCUCCGCCUACGGCCUGGUCCACUGCUGCUACGAGAUCUACGGGGGCGAGACCAGCGGCAAGGUCCUCACCUGCCUGGCUCGGCUCUUCACCGCCUACCUGCAGCUCUACAGAGGCUUCACCUUGGGUGUCGAAGAUAUUUUGGUGAAACGAAAGGCCGAUGUCAGGAGACAUGAGAUCAUCCGAGAAUCCACCCAGUGCGGACCACGGGCUGUCAGGGCUGCGUUAAACCUGCCAGAAGCUGCGUCGUGUGAUGAGGUCCGAGGGAAAUGGCAGGAUGCCCAUCUGGGCAAGGACCAGAGGGACUUUAACAUGAUUGAUCUGAAGUUCAAGGAGGAAGUGAACCAUUACAGCAAUGAGAUUAACAAGGCAUGCAUGCCUUUUGGCCUGCACAGGCAGUUCCCAGAGAACAACUUGCAGAUGAUGGUGCAAUCAGGAGCCAAGGGUUCAACCGUGAACACGAUGCAGAUCUCGUGUCUCUUGGGCCAGAUUGAGCUAGAAGGUCGGAGGCCUCCGCUGAUGGCGUCAGGCAAGUCACUGCCCUGCUUCGAGCCUUAUGAGGUCACUCCCAGGGCAGGUGGCUUUGUCACCGGAAGAUUCCUCACCGGCAUCAAGCCUCCUGAAUUCUUCUUCCACUGCAUGGCCGGACGCGAGGGCCUGGUCGACACUGCUGUGAAAACCAGCCGCUCCGGUUACCUCCAGAGGUGCAUCAUCAAGCACCUGGAGGGGCUUGUUGUCCAGUAUGACCUGACGGUACGCGACAGCGAUGGCAGCGUGGUGCAGUUCCUGUACGGAGAGGACGGCCUGGACAUCCCCAAGACGCAGUUCCUGCAGCCCAAGCAGUUUCCCUUCCUGGCCAGCAACUAUGAGGUAAUAAUGAAAUCGAAGCAUCUCCAUGAAGUUUUAGCCAGAGCAAAUUGUAAGGAAGCUCUGCGUCACUCCCGAGCCAUCAAAAAAUGGCAAAGCAAGCACGCCAACCCACUGCUGAGAACCGGCGCCUUCCUCCGCUACUCCCAGAAAAUCCAGGCGGCUGUGAAGGCCCUGAACCUCGAGGGCACGAACCAGAAUGGCCGUAGCCCAGCGACUCAACAGAUGCUGCAGAUGUGGUAUGAGUUGGACGAGCCAAGUCGAAGGAAGUACCAAAAGAAGGCAGCCCCUUGUCCUGACCCGAGUCUUUCCGUCUGGCGCCCAGACAUCUACUUGGGGUCUGUGUCCGAGACAUUUGAAAAGAAGGUUGAUGACUACAGUCAGGAGUGGGCAGUUCAAGCAGAAACAAGUUAUGAGAAAUCAGAGCUUUCUCUGGACAGGUUGAGGACACUGCUGCAGCUGAAGUGGCAGCGCUCCCUGUGCGAUCCAGGCGAGGCCGUAGGCCUGCUGGCUGCCCAGAGCAUCGGAGAGCCCUCCACGCAGAUGACCCUGAACACCUUCCACUUUGCAGGCAGAGGCGAGAUGAACGUCACCCUGGGCAUUCCAAGGCUCCGGGAGAUUCUCAUGGUGGCCAGUGCCAACAUCAAGACGCCCAUGAUGAGCGUGCCAGUGUUCAACACCAAGAAAGCCCAGAAGAAAGUGAAAAGCCUGAAGAAGCAGCUUACCCGGGUGUGCUUAGGAGAGGUAUUGCAAAAACUUGAUGUUCAGGAGUCCUUCUGCAUGGGAGAAAAGCAGAACAAAUUCCGGGUGUACGAGCUGCGGUUUCAGUUCCUGCCACAUGCAUACUACCAGCAGGAGAAGUGCCUGAGACCCACUGACAUCCUGCACUUCAUGGAGACAAGAUUCUUUAAACUUCUGAUGGAAUCCAUCAAAAAGAAGAACAGCAGAGCCUCAGCUUUCAGAAGCGUGAACACUAGGAGAGCGACACAGCGCGAUCUAGAUGAUGCUGAGGAAUCAGCGAGGAACCGGGGAGAGCAGGAAGGGGACGAGGAUGAGGACGGCCACAUCGUGGACGCUGAAGCUGAGGAGGGUGAUGCUGAUGCCUCGGAUGCCAAACGCAGGAAGAAGCAAGAAGAGGAGGUGGAUUAUGAGAGUGAGGAAGAGGAGGAGGAGAAGGAGGGAGAAGAGAAUGAAGACGAAGAGACCCAGGGGGAAGGCGCCCACGAGGCACAAGAAGAGGCAGGUGGCAAUGCCGAGGGGGACUUGGGCCCUGACGAUGAACCGCCUCAGGAGCCCCUGCACAGCCGGAAGCCCCAGGCAGCGGAGUCGGUGGAGCGCCGGGUACAGGCCGUGCGAGAGGCCCACUCGUUCAUCGAGGACUAUCAGUACGACACUGAGGAAAGUCUGUGGUGCCAGGUGACCAUGAAACUUCCUCUGAUGAACAUCAACUUUGACAUGAGCUCCCUGGUCGUGUCCUUGGCCCAAAGCGCUGUCAUCUAUACCACCAAGGGCAUCACACGGUGCCUCCUGAACGAGACAACCAAUAAUAACAAUGAGAAGGAGCUGGUGCUCAACACGGAGGGGAUCAACCUGCAGGAGCUGUUCAAAUAUGCAGAGAUUCUGGACCUGCGCCGCCUCUAUACCAAUGACAUCCAUGCCAUGGCCAACACAUACGGCAUCGAGGCUGCACUGCGCGUGAUCGAGAAGGAGAUCAAGGACGUGUUUGCUGUUUAUGGCAUCGCGGUGGACCCUCGCCACCUCUCCUUGGUGGCUGACUACAUGUGCUUCGAGGGCGUCUACAAGCCCCUGAACCGCUUCGGGAUCCGGUCCAACUCUUCGCCUCUGCAGCAGAUGACUUUCGAAACCAGCUUCCAGUUUCUGAAGCAGGCCACCAUGAUGGGAUCCCAUGAUGAGCUGAGGUCCCCUUCAGCCUGCCUUGUGGUCGGGAAGGUCGUCAAAGGUGGGACAGGCCUGUUCGAGCUCAAGCAGCCCCUGAGAUAGCCACUGCCGCUGGGCUGCCCUCUGCGUGAGAGGUUCACGAGACACAGUCCCAGGGCACUGAGAGCUCAAAGGCAGAGCACAGCAUGCCCUGGUCUCCAAAAGCAAGCUGGCCUCCAGCCUAGGCCAGCUUCCCCAGGAAAUGACGGCAAUGCCCAUCUUUGCCCAUCACGUCUCAGGAUUGUUAACAAAGGACCUCCCCACCCCAUUGAGCCACUCCAAGAUGGUUGGGGGCUUCACCUGUGGUAUAAGGGAUCUCAGAUACUGCAAAAAUCCCAGACCCCAGGAAGAAGGGAGAGCGAUGCUUCACUGCUGGGGAACCCACACACCCCCCAGAACUGUGAGCUCCCAGGGGUUGCAGGGGGAUUCCAGGGGCUUCUGGGAGAAGGAAGGCAACACAUAGCCUGCUGCCCUGUGACCUGUUCUCCCCAGCUGCUUCUGUCCCUGGAGCAGGGCCCCAUGUAAGACUUCUUCCCUGAGCCAACUAUAUGAUGGCAUGACCUUCGUCUGCCCACCUACGGUGCCUGAGGCCCAAGCAUCCUGCCAUGGUGGUGGAGGCGGUUUCUCCGGUCUCCAGAAGCUCAUUGCAACCCAGAAAAUCCCAAGUAAUGACUAGGGACCACUGUGUCCCCGGCUUUGCCUGGCUCUGCCCUCCAUUCAGCAUCAAGGUGUGUGUCCCCGUGGUCAACGGCUCUCUGUGCCUGGCACCUGCAACCAGAUACCACAGUGUGGACGGAAAAGGCAGAGAGGACUUGUCCUAGGCUUUGUGAAGCCAGAGGCUGCUGCUAUUUUGGUCUAAUGUUAUCCCAGUUGAAGCUGAGUGAUAAAUAUCACUGAAAUUAACUGAUGCGAGAAUAAAAAGGCUUGAUUUUUUUUUU